GAGAAAUUUAGAGGCGGGUUGUUUCGGCUACAGCUUAACUUUGUGUUUUUUGUAGCUUGUGGUACAGCGGUGUCAGACAGUUAUAAAAUACGCGUCUGAAAGGCAGAACUAGUGAACGGUUAAAGAUUUCAGCGAUAAACCGUGUUUUAGUGCAGUUCUUUGGAUAUCGCCCUGAGUUUGCGUCGGUCCGCUGUAGUGGAGCCGGAGACUGAGCCUCAUUUGCGGACAUUUUCCUGAGGCGGUUAGCUGCUGCUGCUCGUUGCCAGUGGGAAGCUCAUGGGGAGGAUAGUUAGAGCAACACGCCCAUGCCCCAUGUGAUGAGCCAUUGUGUUGCUGAGUCACAGACAUGGACAGCUUCCGAAACCUAGAGGAUGAGACAUUUCCCAGCUUCCUGUCUAACACGUCUUUAGGCAGCAGUGUCCGAGACACACUGGGUGAUGUUACGCUGGGCUCCACUCUCGGGGUCCCCAUGGCUGCUUCUACUGUGGUUAAAAGUAGAGCUACAGCAGACAACAGGUUAACAGAUGUCCAAGCAUCCUACUUGGAGCCUGGAGCACUUUCUCUAGCAGGUUCACAAGGCUCAAAUUGUGGGAGGGAAAAGUUUGCUCUUAGUUUCAAAGAUGAUUUGGACAAGACGGAUGACUUCAUAGCAGCUAAUAAUUUUUUGGAUCUGUUAGUGAAGGUUAAAUUGGAUGAGUCAGAAUGCGCGUCUACAUCUAAAGCCUCAGCUGCAGUGGAUGCGGGAGCUCCCUCUGUGUCUGCCCGGCCUUCUGAUUAUCCUGAUGAUAUUUCCACUGGCCUAUUUACAGUUUCUCGUAUUGGAGGUAAAGAAAGCAUUGCUGGACAGGCUGUGUUAGCUCCAAUACCCAUAGAAGAGGGUCCAGAGAGCGAGGCAGUGGACAGUGAUGGGAUGAGUGGCAGUGUCGCAAGUUUUCUGGCUAAUGAGAAGCUCAUGUCACUUGACAGCAUGAACAGUGAUAUUACAGAUGAUGAUCUUGAUGUAGACAACCUGCAUGAUGAGGAGCUGCAGCUGUACUUCAGCAAGCUCAUUCCUCCACCCAUGCAGAGAGGUCGAGUGGAGGGCCAAGAGAUCCCAGCUGCUGAAUUACCUGACAGCCAAGUUGGUUCAUCUCAAUCCCUUGUUACUGAACCAGAUACAUCGCCGAAAAACCGCUGCGAGUUUCUAAAUGAUUAUGAUAAGGAGGAUUUUUGCAUGCCUGAUGUGCGGCUGGCUGCCACAGGUAUGGACUCGUGUCCUGCUAGUGAUGAAGACACAGAGGAUGAGCUUGAAGCCUUACAGAACCGCAGUAGAGCCCGAUUCUUGUUGCCCAGCACCUCCAGGCAACUGGUUGGCGAAAGCCAUCAGCCUCAUUUUCGGCCAGGCCUGGAAGGGGGAAGCUCAGAUGAUGAGUCUCAGUCAGGUGUUCAAUUUGCAGAUUCCAGGACGGGCAUUGAACAUCGGUGUUCUGCUGAGGGACAAGUGAUUGAUUUGCCAAUAACAGGAGAUGGUGGAGGGGGUGAUGGGAGCAGUGGUAGUGAGGAGGAUGGAAAUGAUGGGGGUGUAUCUACAGUCCCCCAACCCACAAGUGUCCAGACCACAUAUGAUGUGCUACGGGGACUGGGAAUCGUGGGAGGAAGUGGAACAGGCGAGGAUGAACAUCAGCUACUCUCGCAGCUCCCUGGAUUAGGCCGAUUUAUCUCAAAUGUGCAUAGCCAGAUGGGAGACCGUGUGGGCCCAGUUGGGACAGUUGAAACGGAGUCUUCAGUUCAAGGUUCUGGACUGACUGGGAUUCAAUCAGUAAACCAGAGUACGAAUCAGGAUAGGCAAGAGGCUCUGAAUGCCAUGGAUGGUUCACACAAUGGUGCAAUAUCUCUGGAAGAACGUUUUGACUCCAUGUACCUUAGGCCUGGUGGUGUCUGCAACCUACAGGACUACGCUUCAGGUGCUUUUGCCCUUCAAGACACUCGGAAUGCUUUUGACUUGUCUUUUACCAAAAACCCUUUUGGAGAGAGCAAAGUGGGAGUCGACCAAGGGCAUACCAUUGACUCUAGUGAUCCAGGUCUUCGUGGGGGCCCUUGUAGGAACUCGGUCAGUUCUGGUCCACACACGAUCAACAGUGAGGAACAUUUAGGAGAAUCUCUUGAAGUCAAGUACCUCUCUCAGACCUUCCAUCAGAAUGAAGUUGAGCAGAGUAAUAUUGGGAAUAAAGAAUCACGUCCCGAUGAUGCGGAACUGGAGUUGCAACAAGGUGCCAAUGAUACUCAUAGUGUUGUCUACCAGAAUGAAGAUGGGAAAUGGGUGACUGAUCUAGCCUACUACUCCUCUUUUGAAAAGGAGGCAAAUAUGCCUGAUGAGAUUGCAAACCAGUUGCAGUCUGAGGAAUUUGUUGGUGGUGGUCAGGCUAUGGAAAAAAUUAUUGAGGAUCAAGAGGAGUUUGAGAGAGAGCACCAGUUCAUGCAGGAAGAACAGAUGGAAGCAGUCAAUCAAAGUGUGCAUCUUGGUGACACCUCUUGGAAAUUUCCCACUAGUAGCCACAUUCUGAUGAGAGCCUCCCAAGUCUCAACGGAGUUUGAGAAGGAGAACCAAAGUUAUUUGCGUAUUUCCUUGGGGGGAUUUUUGCAGCAGCGAUCUGAGGCUUUGGGCUGUUUAGGGGGCAUUGAAGACAUUAAAAGGCCUUCAUUUGGUUAUAUCAUCAACUCUCCAGAGAAGAGGGAGCCCUUUGCUUUGAUCAGGCCCUCUGAUUUCUCUUCCAGAGGAAGCUCUGUUCACAGUGAAACAGUCCAGCUCAGUGACGUGGAUGAGACCAUGAAUCCAGAGGAUUUGGAGAAGACUGUUGAACCUAUACCAGCUGAGCAGCCACAGAAGGGUCAUGCAAACUCAAAAGAUGUCCAGAUUUCACCGGCGUUACCACUGGAUCAUAAGAAUUCCAGUCAAAGUUCUGAAUCAAACUCUAGUGGAAGUUUGACACUUAGUGUCAGCACAAUUGCAUCAGCUAUUGCAGAUGCCUCAAUCAGCUCAGACCCUGCCCAGCUUGCAGCAAUGAUCAUGGAGUUAUCUAAAAAGAGGCACUCCAAAAGCAGAAGGACUGGGGAGCUUAUUCAGACCCCAGAUCCUGAAAAACUGCUUGAGCAGAAGGACCUUCAGAAAGCCUUAUCCCUUGGUGACCUGAGUGCUCUUGACAUGGAGAAAUACCUGAAGAAGGCAGAAGUGUCUAGCAGUGAUAGUGAUGCUUCCACCUCCCAGUCUUGUCUUGAUGUUCUCAGCUUGGCGGACAGUCUGGCUAACUCUUGCAAGCCUACCCAGAGACAGACUCCUCCUUUACCAAACAUCAGUCAUCAUGCGAAAGAACAUUCAACUUCAAAAGAUGUAGUAAAGAAAAGUCGGGUUUUACCAAUUAACUCCUCCAAACAAUCUACAGAAGUCAUGUCGGAAGUUAACAAGUCCGAUGCAAAAAGAAGUUCUAUUCCACGACCGAAGACCAGCUGCAUUCCAACAGCCACAGCUCACCCAGCCAGGAGAUCAGCAGGUGCAGGACAGUCACUGACCUCCUCAGCACUAAAGCCUAAACCUGUGCAAAGCAAAUCAGAAAGAAGAAAAAGUGACUGCCACAUACCAACACCUGCAGGAAACAGGAGUUGCUCAGAGUCCAGGGUCAAAAUGAACACAGCGCGACCACAGGUUUCUGGAACAUGUCUUGCUUUAAAAAGUAACGACUCGAUAUCGGACUCAUUGGCUGUCUCAAAAACCUUUCAAACUGGUGGCUGUUCAGAGAAACCUACACUAAAGAGCUCACCGCACACACCCCGAAGCAAAAGCCAUAUGAGGCAGAGAGAGACAUCCUGCUCAGAAGAGGCACGAUCACUUAAGAGUCCAAAAGCCACUCAAUCCAUCACAAAAGAGAAACAGACAAUUGUUGGACAGAGUUCAUUUGCAACCACUGAUGCAAAUUUUGCCUCACCUGAGCGCAGUGCCUCUGGUGUUGUGGAGGCUAGCCAAUGCAGCUUUAGACCAUCCACUUCUCCGCUUACUCAUUCAAGCCCGAGCCAGACUUCACUGCCUAGUGGAAAUGGAGACCUGUCUCCUUCCUCUAGUAGAGGCAUGUGUGAAAGAAGUCCGGGGAGUGACCCACGGUCACCUCAAUCCCACUGCUCUAGUCCAUCCAUCAGCAGACUCACCUACCUCUCUCUUAAUGAGAACACUACACUCCCCACACCUAAUCAUCAGAAAAAUAAGUCCAUGUCCCUGAGUACCACAAUCAUCAGAGCAAGUCCCACCCCACCACUGGAACCUGUUGAUGCAAAUAAACCCAUCAAUCAGACCCAUAACGGAGACUUAAGUUCGCGAUCAUCCGGUCAUGCUGAAACUCCUGGCUUAAAUCAACAGACUUCAGAACAUGGCUCGUACAUCCAAAAUGGGUGCAAUAUAAACAAGGACUACAGACCUGAGUGUGGGCCAGUGAAUAGCCAAUCUGAGUCUCAGCCAAAUCAGUGUACACAGGUUGACUCUGGUUAUUCCAGCAAUCUCAACGUUAACAAUCAGCCUGGUGGCCCAAUGGCGCAGAAUAUAAACCAAGUACCUCACAUUCCUGGAGCAGGGAGUGAAGGCUUCCUUGGUUCACAGUUUGGUCCUCCCCCCACCUCUUACAAACCUGAACCAUUGAGGUAUGGGCUGGUCCCAAACUACAACUCCCAGGGUGCUUUAUCAGACUUGGCUUGUGGUGUAUCAGCCCUUCUAACGGGUCGGUCGCUCUUCAGCACUCAGAUUCCACAGCAGUACUUGAGCACUGAAGGGUCAUUGCAGGCUUCAUCCUACCAUAUAGGGCCUCUGGCUGGACCGUAUAGUGUGAUGGCUGGUGCUAAUCCACCGAUUGCACAUUCGCAUGUCCCUGGAUCAACAGGUUUAUCAUCUGUUUACAUGACUGCUGGCCAGCAUCCUCCUCAAUAUGCCCUCAGCAAAGUUUAUGGACAGCCCAGCAUGGGGGCAUGGUCUGCACGAGAUCUGGCUGAUCUGAGAACCCAAGUGGUUGUCCCGGAUGAGCUGAAGUUUCCUGGUGCGUGCUGUGUGGGCAUUGCCUGCCAGACAUCGCUCAGCAUCUUUAAUCCGUCUGAACGCUGGCAGCAGGUGGCCAUAUCUAUAGUAAAUCUGUCCAUCGAUGGAGAGAAGGUGGAUUCACUGCCGUACCAGUGGCUAAUUGUGAAGAAUAAGACUAUCAUUGGACCUAAAAGCACAGAGGAGCAGAAGGUGCUGUUGAUUGCUCCAAAAGCUGGCCUGUACCAGUGUACUCUCAGUGUGUCAUCCUGGCCUGCUUCUGCGGAGAGUGAGACAGUGGCACAGGCUGAGGCCUUUGCCAAGAAAGUGGUGCUCGUUGCAGUAGCCGAGAACCCAGCAAUAGAAGUGGAUGUUGGCAAAACUGACUGUUUGGACUUCGGAGACCUGGCAGGAGGCAGUGUUAAGUCCCUGCCACUUAAACUGGUGAACAGGACUCGAGCAACUGUGCCCGUUCGGCUAGUUAUAAGUGCGAAUGCAUCAGCCUGGCAUUGCUUCAGCUUCUCUAAGAGUCCUGUCACUAUGACAGCAGGUGACACUCUCCAUUCUGGUGGGAAUUUGUCCUCUAUUUCAGUCAUAAACCAUGUGAUGCAUUCCAGCUGUGGAGAUAAUCCAGACAGCUUUAUGGUGUGGGUUCAUUUUAACGCACCCCAGAGAUUCAGUGUAAAAUCAGCUGUGCCAUGUGAUGCAGGUGAAUUAGGCCCACCAGAUGAAUUCAGUGCUCGUGUGGAUAUUGAGGUGGACAGCCCUGGCCCCAGUCGUGUGAUCCAAAGUGUUGCUCUCAGAGCGAGGUCUGGGACAGCCAGAAUCCAUGCUCCCAAGGAUCUGCAGACUGUUUGUCUUCGGUCUCCACUGGGACAGUCAGCCAGCCAGACUUUGCCAUUAAAGAAUGCAGGCAACAUUGAUGUCCAACUUAGACUGAAGAGUAAUGAUGGUGACAACUGCUUCAUGGUGAAGCCUGAAGAGCUACUUCUGCGAACUGGAGAGGAGCAGGGAGUCAUUGUUAGUUUCACUGCCCAGAGCAAUAGAAAAUAUAAAGAGUGUCUGCUGACGAUCCUCGUACUGCCCAGUGGGCCACAGUAUGAGGUUGUCCUGAAAGGAGAGGUAGUCCAAGCGAAUCCUGAAAAUGCGGCAUCUACUCAAGUUUUAGUACCACAUGGCGAAGUGCCACCAAUCCUCUCUAACAAGCAGUUCAUGGCCUGGGGAGGAGUCACUCUAGGCAGAGCUGUGCAGCAGAAGCUAGUACUGAGAAACAAUUCCCCCACUACAUCACAGCAGCUACGAUUACUUAUCAGAGGUCAGGACCAGGACUGCUUUCAGUUGCAGAGCUCUUUUGGCCCUGAUGAACGGUUGACUCGUAGCAGAGAGCUUUUAAUUAAACCCAAAGAGGAUGUGGCAGUUCAUCUUCUUUUUGCUCCCACUCGUGUUGCUUCCAUGCUGGCAAAGCUUGAGAUUAAACAGUCUGCUGUGCGACCCUCUCAACCCGGAGUCAAAUUCACUAUCCCUCUGUCUGGUUAUGGAGGCACAAGUAAUGUGAUUUUGGAGGAAUUAAGGAAGCAUGCUGAUGGUUAUGUGGCCACAAUGAGCGGCAUUCAGACAGGCAGAGUCAGUAAACUCUGUGUGUGUGUUCGAAACACGGGCUCCAGAGCUGCAUUUAUUCGAGCUGUGCCAUACAGUGACCUGGAGAAGCGCACAGUCAUGGACUCUACAGUUAUCAGCCUGUCACCAUCACAGUUUAUACUGAAAGAAAGAACUCAAGAGGUGAUUACAGUGGUGAUGAAGGCAUCGUGUAGGGAGCAGGCUCUCUGCCAGUCACACACUGCUCUCCUCGCCACCAUCUGCCUCUUCUGUGGAGAUGAGGUCUCUCGUCAGCAAUUCAGGAAGUCGGUAACAAUUUUGUUAGACCUUUUUUGUCUUAUCACCCUGAACUGUUUUUCUCUGAUUAGAUGUCUGAAUGUUGUCUCCCUUAGACUACUACGCAUCAAGCCUGAUGUAGGCAAAAAAGCUUUGUAUGAAAACAGCUUACUGAAGAGCAUCUCUUUUGAUGAGCCUUUCCUUGGUGAGGAACUGGUUCAGGAAGCCUAUGACCUCCCCCAGAGGCCAAAUGAAGCUCAUAUUUUCUAUGGGAACAUGAGUAAGGUUAUCCUGUCAUUACUGGGUACAGUGGAAGCCUCCGAUUCAGGGGAGAGUGAACAUAUUGAGUUUGUCAGGGCCUCUCAGCAUCAUGCCACGGACUCAGACAGUGGUCUCGGGACUUCAGAGCGUCACUUCAGUAAUGUUUCCCUGGACGUUCUACCAGUAAGGGGGCCGCCGCUGUGUGCGACAGAACCUGUGCUGAAACGGACUGAAUCUUCUCUGGACAACACCUGGAGUAUACAGCCUGAACAGCUGGUUCUCACUGCACCCACUAUCACUGGUGCAGCUGAUACAAAACAUGUGCGGAUCCUGAACUGUUCAGAUCGUGAACUGAGAUUUGAGCUCUCCUGGCCUGCCCACUGCCUGACCAUCACUCCUCAACAUGGCAUCAUUGAGCCUCAGGGCCACUUGCAAAUCCUGAUCAGCCCAAACCCUUCACUAGCUACCAAAUCUUCUAUGCUUCCAUGGAGUGGUCAGAUAUAUGUCCAGUGUGACAAUCAGCAGAAGUUUAUCAGAGUGCAGAUCCGGCAGGACCUGGCUAUGGACAUCUCUGCUGUUGGCUCACCCUCUGACCGCGCUCUGUGUCCCCUGCCACCCCAGGCAGAGACCCCUAUAGGGACAAGUCUCAAAUCCCAGUGCAGCAGCAGUCCUCAGACUAGUGUGGAAAUUAAGAACCGCACAGUGGUCUUUCCCUCCACAUGCUCUGGAGAGUCCUCGGAAUGUCCUGUAGAGGUGGAGAACCUUGGGGAAGAAGUCAGGUGGUACCUUUCAUCCUUUGCACCUCCAUAUGUCAAGGGUGUAGAUGGAAGUGGAGGUGUUUAUCGGGCCACAUACACAGCAUUCAGAUGUGAGAGAAUGUCUGGGAUGCUCGGGGUCAAAGAAAAGAUGCAGGUGCCAUUUACAUUUCUCCCGCGGGACGGGGGGGACUAUGCUCAGUUUUGGGAUCUUGAAUGUCACCCAGUGACCAAACCGCAGCAAAAGAGCCGCAUCCGGUUCCAGCUCUGUGGCAUGGGCAUAAGAGCAGGUGCAGGGAUGAGCCGUAAGGAAGACGGCACUCUAGUGCGGACAGACAUAAACCUAAAGAGCAGGAAUAGAGUGGAAUCCGAAGGCUCAAAGACAGGUAUGGAGUCCUCCAGGAGAGGAGUGUAUGCCCCUCAGAGUCUCUACACGUUCCCUGCCACACGUGUGGGUGAGGUCAGCACGCUGAAGGUCAACUUUCGCAACAACUCUUGUAAUACACAUGAGCUAAGAUUUUUAAGUCCUUCAGAGCCUUUCUACAUCAAGCAUUCCAAAUAUUCCCUCAGGACACAGCAUUACAUCAACCUGCCUGUGCAGUUCAGACCGACUACUGUAGGCCAGUUCUCCGGCUUGCUGCAUGUUCAGACAGACACAGACGUUAAACUUGCCAUAGAGCUCUCCGGUGAGGCUUUACCUUAACAAGCGCACUCCUUGAUUUAAGUAUUCCAUUUAUUUCCCCUCCACUUGAGGUUAGUGUGGGGCAUAAAGUGGGAUCAAGACUUCAUAAGUGGAUGUGUUUGUGAGGAAAGUCCUCCCCUCAUUGCACAAACUACUGGAACUGGAGGGAUUUCAAAUUCAGGCUAGACAUUCAAUAUAGCAUAAGCUUUGACAUUGCACUAACCCAUAACCCAGUAUGCCUAAGGCAAAGCCAUAAGCAUUAAUUAGGCCACUGGUUUUAUCUAUGCUACAUGAUGCAGUACCAUGCGUUCCCUUGAAGGACAUUGAACAGUACAUUUUAUCUUGUAUUCACCGUGCACACUUGUAAAUUGAAAUGUAUUGUGGCAUUUGUUACUUGUAAUCCAUACAUCACUAAUACAAUCACAAAAUCAUCUGUCUCAAAUUGGGAACUCAAACUUGGAUCUAUUGAACACUUUGUACACCAACCUGUAAAUGUAUUAUUUAUUUUAAAAUUCUAAAUAAAGUGAUUUCAUGUUGUA